CACUGGCCCGGCAGCAUGUUUAAGAUUCGUACCGGCAAUAUUUUUAAUUAAAAAAUAAGUGAUUUUUGGUUAUUACCAUGCCCAAGGAGCAAUUUCGUGCUUCGGCACUGAACAAGAAGAUCUCACAUGUCCAGUUUGGUAUUAGCGGGGCUGCCGAGAUCCAACAGGAGUCCCUGGUGCGUAUCAUCUCCAAGAAUCUGUACCAGGGCCAGCGACAGCCCGUGCCCUAUGGCGUCCUGGACCGGCGCAUGGGCAUCAGCACCAAGGAUGCCCUGUGCGAGACCUGUGGCCAGGGUCUGAACGAGUGCAUCGGUCACUUUGGCUAUCUGGACCUGGCGCUACCCGUCUUCCACAUUGGACACUUUCGUUCCACCAUUAGCAUCCUGCAGAUGAUCUGCAAGGCCUGUGCCCGGGUCAUGCUCAAGCCCGAGGACAGGGCCAUGUACGAGAAGAAGCUGCACAAUCCGAACUUUUCGUAUUUGGGCAAGAAGGCUCUGCAUGUCCAGAUGCUGGCCAAGGCCAAGAAGGUAACCAAGUGCCCGCACUGUGGGUCACCCAAUGGCGGGGUCAAGAAGGGUCCCGGCCUGCUCAAGAUCCUGCACGAUCCGUACAAGGGACGCAAGGUGGAUUCCCUGUUCACCAGCAACAUGAAUGAAAUGCUUCGCUCCACGGAGGCAAAUCGUGACCUAAAUCUCACCCUGGGCAAUCACAGCACAGCCGAGGAGCUAACCCCGCUAAUGGUGCUGGACCUGUUCGAGCAGAUACCGCAGAGCGAUGUGGCGCUGCUGGGUAUGUGUUCCCGCGAUGCCCAUCCCAGGCAUCUCAUAGUGACGCGAGUGUUUGUCCCGCCCGCCUGCAUCCGACCAUCUGUGCUAUCCGAAGUGAAGGCCGGCACCACGGAGGAUGACUUGACGAUGAAACAGAGUGAAAUCCUGCUCAUCAAUGAUGUAAUUCAGCGGCACAUGGCCACCGGCGGCAAGAUCGAGCUGAUACACGAGGACUGGGACUUUCUGCAGCUGCAUGUGGCCCUGUAUUUCCACAGCGAGAUUAGCGGUAUACCCAUCAACAUGGCACCCAAGAAGACGACGCGUGGCAUAGUGCAGCGCCUGAAGGGCAAGCAGGGACGCUUUCGCUGCAAUCUGUCCGGCAAGCGUGUGGAUUUCAGUGGACGUACCGUCAUCUCACCGGAUCCCAAUCUCAUGAUCAACCAGGUGGGCGUACCGGUGCGCGUGGCCAAGAUUCUCACCUAUCCGGAGCGUGUGAAUCCAGCAAAUAUGCGGCACAUGCGACAGUUGGUGAGGAAUGGCCCUAGUAUGCAUCCGGGUGCCAAUUAUGUGCAGCAACGUGGUUCCAGCUUCAAGAAGUAUCUGGCUUAUGGCAACCGGGAGAAGGUGGCCCAGGAGCUCAAGUGCGGGGAUAUUGUAGAGCGACAUCUGCGCGACGAGGACAUUGUGUUGUUCAAUCGGCAGCCAUCGCUACACAAGAUGUCCAUUAUGUGCCACCGGGCCAAGGUGCAGCCCCAGCGGACAUUCCGUUUCAAUGAAUGCGCCUGCACGCCCUACAAUGCCGAUUUCGAUGGCGACGAGAUGAAUCUUCAUCUGCCGCAAACGGAGGAGGCCCGUGCCGAGGCCCUGAUACUCAUGGGCAACCAGUCGAAUUUGGUGACGCCCAAGAACGGUGAGAUUUUAAUUGCUGCCACCCAGGACUUUAUCACCGGUGGAUAUUUGCUCACCCAAAAGGAGGUCUUCCUCACCAAGGAGGAGGCCAUGCAGUUGGCUGCUUGCUUUAUUGCUGGAGAGGACUCCACCAUGCACAUUGAGCUGCCACCGCCGGCUCUGCUUAAGCCGCGUCGCCUCUGGACGGGCAAGCAAAUGUUUAGCCUGCUGAUGCGACCAAACAGUGCCUCGCAUGUCCGCCUCAAUAUGGUCAACAAGGGGCGCAACUACACGGGCAACAUGGAUCUGUGCAGCAAUGAUUCCUGGAUUCACAUACGCAACUCGGAACUUAUGUGCGGUGUCAUGGACAAGGCCACCAUGGGCUCGGGCACCAAGCAGUGCAUUUUCUAUCUGAUGCUCAGGGACUUUGGUGAGGCGCAUGCCACCAAGGCCAUGUGGAGACUGGCUAGGAUUGCCUCAUAUUUCCUGCAAAACCGUGGCUUCUCCUUUGGCAUUAGCGAUGUGACGCCCAGCAAGAAGCUGCUCCAGCACAAGGAGCUGCUCCUGGAGCGCGGCUAUGCCAAGUGCAAUGAAUAUAUCGAAAGACUCAAGAUGGGCACCCUGCAGAGCCAGCCUGGCUGCACGCCGGCCGAGACCCUGGAGUCGGUGAUGCUGCGCGAACUCUCCGGCAUCCGUGAGCAGGCGGCCAAGACCUGCUUUGCCGAAUUGCAUCCCACAAAUAGCGCCUUGAUCAUGGCCCUCAGUGGCUCCAAGGGUUCGAACAUCAAUAUAUCCCAGAUGAUUGCCUGUGUGGGCCAGCAGGCCAUCAGUGGCAAGCGAGUGCCCAAUGGGUUUGAGGAUCGUGCCUUGCCGCACUUUGAAAGGCAUUCUGCCAUACCCGCUGCCCGAGGCUUUGUGCAGAAUAGCUUCUAUUCAGGCCUGACGCCCACGGAGUUCUUUUUCCACACCAUGGCCGGUCGCGAGGGUUUGGUGGACACGGCUGUGAAAACAGCGGAAACGGGUUACCUGCAGCGGCGACUGGUCAAGUGUUUGGAGGAUCUGGUGGUGCAUUACGAUGGCACGGUAAGGAAUGCAGUCAACGAAAUGGUGGACACUAUAUACGGUGGCGAUGGCCUCGAUCCUGUGUCCAUGGAGACACGCAACAAGCCCGUGGAUCUGGUCCAUCAGUAUGACAAUCUGAGGGCCCAGAUACCACGUGGCGAGCAAUGUCCUCUAAAGGGUAGUGAAAUUCCCCAGGUUUUGGAGCAGCUUUUGGUAACUGAAGAGUUUGCCGAGGCUCGCGAGGACUUUAAAGAGGAUGUUAGAAAACACCUUUCCACUGUGUCCAAACGCAUUAAUAUGCUGCACAAGCGUUAUGAAGGACACGAGGAUCUUUGCCACCAGAUUGAAUGCAUCACCGCCGAACAGCUGCUGGAAUUUCUGCGACGCAUCAACGAUCGCUAUAACCGCGCUGUGACCGAGCCCGGGACAGCAGUGGGUGCCAUUGCUGCCCAGAGUAUUGGUGAGCCCGGCACACAGAUGACCCUUAAGACUUUCCAUUUCGCUGGCGUUGCCUCGAUGAACAUUACCCAGGGUGUGCCGCGUAUUGUAGAGAUUAUUAAUGCCACGAAAACCAUUUCGACGCCCAUCAUAACCGCCGAGCUAACGAAUAGUUAUAGCAUGGAAUAUGCCCGGCAGGUGAAGGCGCGCAUAGAGAAGACCACGCUGGGCGAACUGUCGUCUCAUGUGGAGGUUGUGUGCCGACCGCACAGCUGCUACAUAGCCAUUGGCGUGGAUAUGGCUCGCAUAAAGCUGCUGGGCCUGAACAUAAGUCUGGAUUCGAUUGUGGCCAGCAUUCUGAGGUCUCGGAUGCGGGUGAAGCCCUCGCAGGUGGAGCCGGCUGUUAAGAUUCCAGGAAUCGUGGUGCGUGUGGAGGCCACACGAACAGCCACCAUAAAUGCAGAGUUGGCACGUCUGGCUUUGAGCCUCCAAAAUGUGGUGGUGUCCGGUCUGCCGAAUAUAGCACGUGCCGUCAUAGCCGUGGAUGAUGCCCGCCAACCAGCCACAUAUAAACUCUGCAUCGAGGGCUAUGGCUUGCGGGAAGUGAUUGCCACAUAUGGCGUAGUCGGUGAGAAGACGCGCAGUAAUAAUAUCUGUGAAAUCUACCAGACGCUGGGCAUUGAGGCGGCGCGUACCAUCAUUAUGAGCGAGAUUACCGAGGUGAUGGAGGGACACGGCAUGAGUGUCGACUGGCGGCACAUUAUGCUCCUGGCCAGCCAGAUGACAGCCCGCGGCGAGGUGCUGGGCAUCACGCGACACGGCCUGGCCAAGAUGCGGGAGAGUGUCUUUAAUUUGGCAUCGUUUGAAAAGACGGCGGAUCACUUAUUCGAUGCUGCGUAUUAUGGCCAGACGGAUGCCAUUAAUGGGGUCUCGGAGCGCAUUAUCCUGGGCAUGCCGGCUGGCAUUGGCACUGGUGUCUUCAAGCUGCUGCAACAUCACGAGGACAAGCAGGUUCCGCCCAUAGAGCAGACCAUUUGCAGUUUAUUAAAUCUAACGCCGAGCGCAUGAGAGGCGUAUGGGGUGCUAGCCUUUGUUAUUAUUAAUGUACAAUUAUAUUAACAAUUGAGAAUUGUUUAUUUUUUUUAAUUAGGUGAUAAAAUAAAAUAAAAUAAAACCUUUUAAAAACUA